AUGGAUUCGAUCGACCAAUUUCUGGAGACUGUGAGCAAGGGCACAUGCCCCCGAGAAUCCGAAGUUAUGAAAUUGUGCAACCGGGCACGAGCCAUUCUGGACGAGGAGGCCAACACUCACGUCAUACGUGCCCCGUGCACCAUUGUUGGGGACAUCCAUGCCCAGUUCUUCGACCUCAUCGAGAUGUUCCGCGUGGGCGGCGACGUUCCUGACGUCAACUACGUCUUUAUGGGCGACUACGUUGACCGCGGGCACCACGGCGUGGAGACAUUCCUCCUGCUUGUCGCUCUCAAGGUAAAAUACUCCAACCGCGUCGCCCUGCUGCGCGGAAACCACGAGUCGCGGCAGAUCACGCAAGUGUACGGCUUCUACGAUGAGUGCCUGCGCAAAUAUGGCAGUGUCAAUGUGUGGCGCUACUGCACUGAUGUCUUUGAUCUCCUCCCGCUUGUCUGUGUGGUGGAAGAUAAGAUCCUCUGCGUGCACGCCGGUCUCUCCCCGAUGAUCACCACCGUGGGCCAGAUGGAGGCAAUCGAGCGCCGCUGUGAGGUGCCGCAUGAGGGGGCGAUGUGCGACCUGCUGUGGUCGGAUCCAGAGGAGAUCGAGGGCUGGGGCCUCUCGCCGCGUGGCGCCGGCUAUCUCUACGGCGAAGACGUUGUGCGAGCGUUCCUCGACACCAACAAGCUAGAGCUUCUCUGCCGCUCCCACCAACUCGUCAUGGAAGGCUACAGGGUUAUGUUCGGUGACACACUCGUGACGGUGUGGUCGGCGCCCAACUACUGCUACCGCUGCAUGAACGUCGCGUCAAUAUUAGAGUUAGAUGAACACCUCAACAAGAACUUCAAGCUCUUUGAGGCGGCGCCGGAGGAGGCGCGCGAGCCUUCGAAGCCGGUGAUGCCGGAGUACUUCCUGUGA